UGGCAAAGAGGGAUGGAGGACACUGAGUGGAGGCCAGUGGAGGGAUUGGCAGAGAGAGGGUGGAGGACACUGAAUGGAGGCCAGUGGAGUGAUUGGCAGAGAGGGGUGGAGGACACUGAGCUGAGGCCAGUGGAGGGAUUGGCAGAGAGGGGUGGAGGCCAGUGGAGGGAUUGCCAGAGAGGGGUGGAGGACACUGAGUGGAGGCCAGUGGAGGGAUUGGCAGAGAGGGGUGGAGGACACUGAGUGGAGGCCAGUGGAGGGAUUGGCAGAGAGGGGUGGAGGACACUGAGUGGAGGCCAGUGGAGGGAUUGGCAGAGAGGGGUGGAGGACACUGAGUGGAGGCCA